ACUUUCCGCAUCUCAUUGCUUAAUACAUAUUUUAAUUGGAGCCUGAACAAAGACGAAGGUGCUAAUAAAGACGAAGGUGUCGAUCAUUUUCAAGAGCGUUUAAAAAAUUAAUUUAUUUUUCAAAUAACGUUAACUUUUUUUCCGUGAGAGUUUUUGUUUGACAUCCUUCAGGACCGAGCAUGGCUGAGACUGCAGCUGCUCCCGCAUCCAAGCCCAAGAAGACGAAAGGCUCAAAGAAAGCGACGUCUCAUCCCAAAUACUCCGAGAUGAUCAAAGCGGCGAUCGCAGGCGACAGGAGCCGCGGCGGCGCGUCGCGUCAGUCCAUCCAGAAGUACGUGAAGAACCACUACAAGGUGGGAGACAACGCCGACUCCCAGAUCAAACUCGCCCUGAAGCGCCUGGUGGCCAGCGGGCUUCUGCGUCACACAAAGGGCAUCGGAGCCUCGGGCUCCUUCAAACUGGCCAAAGCCGAGGACGCCAAGAAGCCAGAGAAACCCAAACCAGCACCCGUGAAAGCCAAGAAGCCAGCCAAAGCCGCAGCCAAGCCCAAGAAAGCCCCCAAGCCCAAGAAAGUGGCGAAAUCUCCCGCGAAACCUAAGAAAGCCGCCGAGAAGAAAGUGAAGAAGGCUGCGGAGAAGAAGAAGAAAUCGCCUGUCAAAGCCAAGAAAGUUGUGAAGAAGGCGAAGGCGACCAAACCUGCCAAGACGAGCAAAGCCAAGAAGGUGAAAACGGCGAAACCCAAACCCAAAACAGCAGCCAGGAGGACGGGCAAAAAGAAGUGAAAUCAAAUCGAUCGAACUGAUUCAGUGUAAAUACACUUUUUUCGAAGCAGACGUUUUUGGUAUAUUGCUAUUUUUGUAUGUGCGCGGACUUUAAUCCCACAUUUCUACAAGCGUGUUUCUCCAGAAACUUUUUUUGUGUGCGCAUUUGCGAUUCUAUAAAGAAUAUCCCAUGCAUUUAUUUAUAUGAUUUAUUUCUGGACGUUUUUUUUCUUCACUUCUUUCUUUAAGGUGAACUGCAUUGCACACUUUCAUCAUCAUUCAGACACUCUAAUUAAUUUGCCAAUGAGAUAUGUCUCUAGAAGAUACAUUCCUCCUGUAGGUCAUUCUAGGAAUGUGAAGAACAAUAAUAAAAUGUAAUUUUAUGAAGAACGGUGUCCAGAAUCAUCUUGUGACGUGGAUCGUUGUUGUCUAGUUCCACUGCUGUCCAUUUAAUACUGUCAUUGCGCGUUAUUCGCAUUACUGUGCAUCAAUAAACUUUUCUAAUUGCAAACAUUA